GCAGUUCGGGAAGUUGAUCAAUUUAUCUGGGCUGGAGGAAGAGGCUGUGCAACUAACCUGAUUAACAGCAACGGUGGAUGGAAUAGCAGGUAGUUCUUCGCAAAGUGCUCCAAAGGCAGCAUACGACAAAGAGAAUGUUUACAUCUACAGUGGCUCUUCCGAUGAAUCCAUAAGUGGAAUCAAUGAGACUGGUCUUUCACACUAUUCCCAGUCUAGACGGCCUAGACAAACUACUGGCAAAUUACUAGAAUUGCAGCUCAAACAACAACAGUUUCAUGCUGAUGUCACAUCAAGUAUGAGUUCCUCAAACAAAAAGUUUGAUGAUCUGAUUCAUUACCAGCGCUAAUCAGCGAAAGGACUGAUGUCUAUUGAUGCGACUCUUAAACAACAAUCAAAUGAACAACAGCGUCACAACAAGGAGAUGGAAAGGCUUACCUCGGAGAAGCUUGAACUUAAGAGAAGAUUUCUAGAAAUGCAAAUAGCUUAUGCACAGAGAACAGACGUCCAUCUUCAGCAUUCAACUUGUGUAAAAUUUCUAACGGUUUCGAAGGUAGUUGGGAUAUUCAAACCAGGUGCGCUACUGUCGUCAUGUUUUUUUGUGGCUGAGUGCGACAGAAUUGACAGCGGUUAUUCCUCUACCAAGUCAAACUAGUCCGGAACCGAUUCGUGUCGAUAAUACCGUAAGAAAACACGAAGUAUUUCUGUAGGUUGGUUUGAGAUAACUUUAUUUGAUUCUUGUUCUUCAAGUUAUAUAAUGCUAACAUAGUUCGAUAUCGAUUGAUAUUUCAUGCACAGUCCCUUAUUGACUACCAUACCCUGUCAUACCCUCAGCCUAUAGUAAACAACACAUCCAUGCGCGGCGUCCAUAUGUAAAAGCUCAAGUUACCCAAUUGAAGCUUUUGUCACAUGACGUUCUGUCAGAUGACAUCUCAGAGCUUUUUAUAGCACGUUCCGUAUGACAGUUCUUACUGUCAACUGCCGUCCCGUGAAUGGCAAAUUGUUUAUAUACAAAGAAUAUUUCGUACGUAUAUCACUGCGAAAUAUUCUUUUUCAACACUUCCCCACAAUUUGUACAUUCAAUACACCGAAUAACUUUCUGUGUAUAUUUUUAGGUAACCCCUUAGUGAAGGCAUCUGCAGGUUGAUCGACGCUUGGGAUGAACUAGUUUUACUCUACCAUUUUUGAUGAGAUCCCGGAUGAAAAGGUAUUUGAUAUCCAAGUGUUUCAUCCGUUGAUGUGAUCUUGGCUCCUGUGCUAUGUUGAUACAUGGGAUGCUGUCUUCCAUUAUGAUGAAUGGUGUUGUGUUUACAUCCAAUUCAUUGAGAAGUUGUGUUAACCACACUCCUUCUUUCGUAGCAGCGCAAAGUGCUAUCAGUUCUGCUUCACUUGAUAAGCUUACAGUCGGUUGUCGUUUCGUUGACCACGAAAUAAGAUUACCGUAUAGUAGAAAUGCGUAUCCUGAAACUGAUUUCCUAUCAUCAGGAUCAUUUGCAAAAUCUGCAUCGGCAAAUCCUACUAAAGCUGGAUAUUCGCUAUUUGAUGAAUAAAUUAUUUUUGUGUUGCUCGUUCCCCUCAUAAUAUCGCAAUAUUCAUUUUAAUCCUGACCAGUGCCAAUCGGUGGCGCAGUUAGCAUAUUUGCUUAGGGUGUUUACCGCAGAGCAAAUAUCAGGUCUAGAAGUUAGUGAAAGAUAUUGUAGGCAUUCCAGCAGUUCUCUGUAUGGCCUUCAGUGAUUUUUGCCUCAGAUUUUGACCAUUUCGUGUUGAUAUCCAAUGGUGUCCCCACUGGUUUACAAUCAGCCAUCCCAAAUCUACUAAGAAGUUUCUCCACGUAUAUUGUUUGAGAAAUUUCAAUAGUCUGGCUUUCCAAAUCACGAUUUAUCUCCAUGCCCAGGAAGUGCUUAAUCUCUAACAUGUCUUUAAUUUGGAAUAACCUUCCAAGUUUCUUUUUAAUCUACGUAAUUGCUUCGAUGUUUUUGGCAAGUAGUAAAAUGUCGUCUACAUAUAGUAUUACUAUAAUGCCUCUAGAUUUUGACUUAUAGAUGCAGUUGUCAUUUUUGAGAGGGACAAAACCUAGUGUUUUCAUUGCUUCAUCAAAAUGUUUAUUCCAAGAUCUGCUUGCCUGUUUCAAUCCAUACAAACAUUUGUGUAGACGAACAGUUUGUCUUUGCCCAUUUACGUUUGGUGGAAGUUUCAUGUAUAUUUCUUCUAACUUCCCAUGUAGAAAUGCAGUUUUGACAUCCAUUUGAUGUACUAACAAUUUAUGCUCGUUAGCAAGAGCUAGGGCUAACCGAACACUCUCUAGUUUGGCGACUGGUGCAAAUGUUUCACAGUAAUCGAAUCCAGCACGCUGUGAACACCCUUUUGCCACUAAUCGUGCUUUAUAUCUUCCAUCUUCUUUCAUUGAGAAAGCCCAUUUUGAGUUAAUCGGUUUAACUCCUUUUGGCAAACAGUUAACCACUGUCCAAGUGCCAUUUUGAUGUAAUGCAUCAAACUCUUCUUGAAUAGCAUGCUUCCAUUCUUGCCAAUCAGAAACUUUCUUCAAUUCCUCAAUAGUUUGCGGAAUCUCUUCGUUGAAAAUCUUUGCUGUUUUUGCUGUAUAAUCGGAAUACCAACCCGGUAUCUUUCUCUCCCUCUUGCUUCGACGCAAUGAUUGACCAUCAUCGACGUCCUCUCUUUCGUCUGUUGGAUUUUCAUUUUUACCUUCAUAGUCAGUUUCGCCAACUGAUUCUUCAAGUGAAUCUAGAUUAUCUUGCUCUGUUUCGAUGAGUGUGCAUUCUUCAUGCUGUUCUUCAUCAGAAGGAUGUAUAGCAGCAUCCUCGUCUUCGUUCUGUUCUCCUUGGUUUAAGCGUGUACAUCUAAUUAAAUCUUGACCAGAUGAUUCUACGAAAUCCAUGUUUGUGUGGUCAAUAUCUUGAUUGGCUCUGGUAGAUUCAUUGAAUACUACAUUUCUGCCAAUUUCUAUUGAACGCGUAUCCUUGUUCCAUAAUCUAAAACCAUUAUUUGCGUACCCCACAAAUAUCACUGGUUUUGUUUUGAAAUCUAAUUUCUGACGCCUCUCUUUAGGUAUUUGUUUAAAUGCUUUACACCCAAAAAUUCUUAAAUGAUUCAAGUUUGGUCGCUUUUUGAACCAUUUUUCAUACGGAGUUUUGUCCUCUUCUAUCCCACUUGUUGGAGAUCUAUUGAUUAGAUAUGUUGCUACAUAUAAUGCUUCUCCCCACAUAUCUUUCGCUAAUCCACUUUCGUAAAGCAAAGCUCUGACCUUUUCCAUUAAAGAUCUGUUCAUACGUUCACUUACACCAUUUUGCUGCGGUGUGUAUGGAACAGUGAACGUCAUUCUAACACCAUUUCUUUUGCAAUGAGCUUGAAAUUCGUUACUUGUAUAUUCCCCUCCAUUAUCACACCUUAGCAUUGAAAUACGUCUUUCGAAGAAUGCUGUCGCCAUUGCUUCGAAUUCUUUAAAUUUCUCGAAAACCUCCGAUUUCUGUUUCAUGAGGUAAACCACGAGAAAGUGCGUAUAAUCAUCUAUAAAGGUUACAAAGUAACGAUAGCCAUCAUAGGUUUCCUGCUCCAUGCUUCCACAAACGUCCGAAUGUAUGAGUUCCAGUGGUCGUUUUGAUCUUGGCAGCUGCAAUUGUUUAAAUUUGGAUGCAGCCUGCUUCCCUGCCAUACAACCAUCACAUACAUUUGUUUCACUAAUAUUUCCAGAAGUUAGAUUGAUACCCUCAACCAUUCCCUUCUUAAUUAGUUUCUCCAAACUCGUAUCACUGAUAUGGCCAAGUCUUUUAUGCCAUGUUUCUAAACUCACCUUCUUUCCGAACAAUGCCAAGUUUGUUCCAUCUUCCGCCGACUUUUCUUCCCGAAAUAGAUCAAGGUGCAAUAAACCAUCAACGAAGAUUCCUGAAGCAAUUACUUCAUCUUCAAAUUCAAAGAUAACCUCUUCAUCUGUAAAAGAAACCCUUUUACCAUUUUUUCUAACCCUUCUAACCGAAAGGAGAUUUUCUUCAAGACCCGGAGUAAAAAGAACGUUGUACAAUUUCAAUUCUUUUAUUGUAUUGUUACCCACAACACUCAUUAAUCGCAUUUUUCCAACUUUUGUUGCCCGUAAAUUCUGGCCCGCUUUCGCCGUCGAAAUGGUGAUUGGCUUCUUUAAUUCUUGGACAUCUUCCAGCAGCUUCUCGUCAUUAACCAUAUGGUCGCUUGCUCCUGAGUCAAUCACGAAUCUGACUCUCCUACCACGAUCCGCUUUGGUCAUCAUUGCAAAGCUCUUUUUAGGCUCCAUCUUUUGCUGCUUCUUGAACUUAUCUUUCUCCUUCGCGUUAAACUUUUUCAUUAGUGGGCAUUUAUUUUUAAAAUGCCCAGUUUCGUUGCAACCGAAGCAUCGGGUUACCUCUCUCUUUGGCUUGUAUUUUGAAGACAGCGCAACGUUUUUUAUUUCUCCUUGCUUCUCUUCCCCAGCUUCAGCAUCAAUAAACAUUCGUUUGAUCUCCAUGAUCGGCUUGGCACACAGUUCUUCAUUCGUCAGUACCAUCAGAGCGCCUUUGACGUGUCGGUACUUGUCUGGCAUGGAGAUCAGUAGAGCAUGAACUUUUUCCGAUGCUGUCAUUUUUGAACCCAUACGAUCUAGCUCGCGAAUAAUCAAAUCGUACUCAUCAAAAAUCAUGGACAAUUUGUCGUGAUGUCUUUGUUUGAUGGUAUACAACCGGUCCCGCAUAUUAACCAUAGCGGCUGUACCGCCCUUUUGGUACGUUCUGACCAGAGUAUCCAUGGCUUCUUUCGCAUAGUUGAGCCCAAUGAGUUUAUUCAAAACAUCAUUGUUGACAAUCAUGACAAUCUCGUCCAAUGCUUCGACGUCGUCAUCAAGCCGUUUUCUGAGCUUAGCCUUCCUGGCUGUUUCUAGCUCUUCCGAGGCACCUACUACUGGUUCGCAGAAGUCCUCUUCUUCGGGCGUUCGUAGCAACGUGUGCUGGAGUUUCAUCUUUAUAAGAUGAUGUUCCAUUCGCCAUUUCCAGGCUGGGAACCGCAACUCCGAACCGUCGAAUAUCGAUUCGCGGUUGACGCUACCGAAGUAUGCCGUCGUCGGCACGGUGCGCUCGAGAGUUCCCCUCUCGUAGCCACCACCUCUUCUGUCCUCGAGAGUAACCCUCUCGGCAGAUCCUCCAGCUUGCUGCUGGGUUGCCAUCCUCUCGGCAGAUCCUCCAGCUUGCUGCUGGGUUGCCAUCCUCUGCUUGCUCCUGAAACGCUGGUGCUCGCUGGAUGCCGUUUCUUCCCGAAACGCUGGUCCUCGCCGGAUGUCGCUUCUGUCCGAAACGAUGGUUCUCGCUGGCCGUUUCUACCCGAAACGCUGGUCCUCGCCGGAUGCCGUUUCUACCCGAAACGCUGGUCGUCACUGGAUGCUGCUGCUACCGGAACGAUGGUUCUCGCCGGCCGUUUCUACCCGAAACGUGUAUCUUCCAAAACAACUAUUUUACAAUAGUCCAGGUGGUUAGUUCCAGUUAACUACUGGGCCCAUAACCUGUUGAUAAUACCGUAAGAAAACACGAAGUAUUUCUGUAGGUUGGUUUGAGAUAACUUUAUUUGAUUCUUGUUCGUCAAGUUAAAUAAUGCUAACAUAGUUCGAUAUCGAUUGAUAUUUCAUGCACUGUUUAUCACAGUCCCUUAUUGACUACCAUACCCUGUCAUACUCUCUGCCUAUAGUAAACAACACAUCCAUGCGCGGCGUCCAUAUGUAAAAGCUCAAGUUACCCACUUGAAGCUUUUUGUCACAUGACGUUCUGUCAGAUGACAUCUCAGAGCUUUUUAUAGCACGUUCCGUAUGACAGUUCUUACUGUCAACUGCCGUCCCGUGAAUGGCAAAUUGUUUAUAUACAAAGAAUAUUUCGUACGUAUAUCACUGCGAAAUAUUCUUUUUCAACAAUUCGGACUUCCAGCAUGAAUUCCAGCUCAAAUGCGUCAACCGAUAGAGUCGGCACAGAGAACAGACGUCCAUCUUCAGCAUUCAACUUGUGUAAAAUCUCUAACGGUUUCGAAGGUAGUUUGGAUAUCUAAACCAGGUGCGCUACUGUCGUCAUGUUUUUUUGUGGCUGCCCACUGAGACGCCCAAAAAAUUGUUUCAAAAUCGUUCAACACGGGUCCAACGAUGGACGUUCGUUGAACGGUUAUUUGGACGUUGUCCAAAUUGGUCCAACGAACGUCCUUCAUUGGACGAUUUUGAAACCAACCGUUCUUAGAGGGUGAGUGCGACAGAAUUGACAGCGUUUAUUCCUCUACCCAGUCAAACUAGUCCGGAACCGAUUCGGACUUCCAGCAUGAAUUCCAGCUCAAAUGCGUCAACCGAUAGAGUCGGAAUCGGUUGUUUUCUUUGAGCUAGAUUCCAUGCUGAAUCCAUCCAGGAUUUCGAACCGGUUCCGGAAUCGAUUUGACGGAUAGUUGGGAUAGGUUGGUGUGGCGGCGCUAGUGUUUUUCGUAUAUUAGUUCAAAUGUUUACACACGUUUUUUAAAUAUUUUUGUUCGAUCAUGGAUGUCUGUUCUCUGUGGCUUAUGUUUCGGAUACGAAUUAAUAUGUUGAUCCCUUAAGUAUACACAAUAAAAUGCUUGCAAUCUUAUUUUGUUUUCCUUUAGCUUGACAAAUUAAUCAAUUCUGGGAAGACAUUAAAGGUAGCUGAACAAAACUCCGCAAAACUUAUAUUCAUUCUAGAUAUACUUUUCGGAAGAAACCAAACAAUCGGUUCUUUUUUGAACUUGUUGAGGAUUCUGCAAGCCGUGAUACUAAGAUGAGCGUUGCUAGUUGAGUGGGUCUGCGUUAUAUCUCAGCCGAGCUUGGGAUUUUAUGAGGUGAGUAAGUAAAGCCAUUGAUCCCGGUUUUUGUGCUCAAGGGCCGAGGGUCAAGAUGCUACACGCAAAAGAAAAACUACCUAAAAUUCAGUACUUUUGACUCAAUCUCGGGUUAUCGUGCAGGAAGAUAAAAUUAGGUAAACCACAGAUAACAGACGUUUAGGCUAGAACAAAAUUUCUUCAAAAACCUGUGUAAACUUUCAAAUUGAUAUACGUUGAAAAUCCGUGUUUCACUAUUGCCAUCUGCGCAACUGUUUUCUACACGUGUUUGACAGCUGCACUCUAACUGCAUUGUAGUGAUCACUGCGCCAUCUGCAAACGUUUGCCAAACAUGUUUCAGACAUCUGAUUUAUUCGGAAUUUCAGUAGCGGGUAUUUACACACGAUUCAAAUCGAGCCUAAACAUCUGUUAUCUGUGGGUAAACCAUGUUGAAGGUAGUUUCCAUUUAACAACGGCAAAAAUUAUAACUCAACCUCAAUUUACUUAAAUUUAAGUUGAAUUUACUAAUUUUGAGUAUACCCCAAACAACUCAAAAGUACCUUACUGAACGGAAGACUUCGACUGAGUCUGCUAGUUCCUUUCAUUUUGUAACAGGUUGGUCACAACUCAAUUACUAGAAAUGCUGUCUUUUUAAACGAAGUCAAUAAUGUAGCACAGAGAACAGACAUCCAUGAUCGAACAAAAAUAUUUAAAAAAACGUAUGUAAACAUUUGAAUUGAUAUACGAUAAACACUAGCGCCGCCACACCACCAUCCCAACUAUCCGUCAAAUCCAUUCCGGAACCGGUUCGAAAUCCUGAAUGGAUUCAGUAUGGAAUCUUGCUCAAAGAAAACAACGAUUCCGACUCUAUCGGUUGAUGCAUUUAAGCUGGAAUUCAUGCUGGAAGUCCGAACCGGUUGCGGACUAGUUUGACUGGGUAGAGGAAUAACCGCUUUCAAUUCUGUCGAACUCAGCCACAAAAAACAUCAUGCAGAAAAAUAAUUUUUAAUGUCAAAUAAUAUGAGGGUUGAAAUAAUAAAUUUACCAAGUUGUUCUGUGUUCAAUAAAAAAUACAUGUUUAUAUAAAUAAAAUAAUUGUUGAAAUAAUUCUGAAGAAUUUAUUGGAUCAAACAUGGAAAAUAGUUGAACCAACAAAUUUUUUUUAUUGAUUAUAUCAUAACAACAAUCGAAACAACAAACAACUUUGUUGAAUCAAUGAGCUCGUUUUGUUGAAUAAAACUAAUAAAAUAUUUGGAUCAAUGCAUGUCAAAUGUUCAAUACAAAAAACAUUUUUGUUUAAUCAAAUAAUAUCUUUUAUUGUUUUAAACAUAACAAAGAUUUGAAUCAAUGCAUAGCAAAUAUUGAAGCAAAACCAAUUUUAUUGUAUAUAAAAUAUGCCUAUUCUUUAAUAGGAACCAAAGGCCAACUGUCAUGGUGACAAAUUUAGAACAAACCAUUACUCGCUGACGAUAGAUAACAUCAGUACAAAUGAACCUCACAAAGUAAAUACUUGCCAUUGACUUAUUGGCCUUUCUCUAAAAACAGGCUACAAACGCAUUAAUUUUACGCAGUCAAAUCAUUCUGGAACCGCUUCGGAAUCCUGAACGGAUGCAGUAUGGCCCAGUCAAACCCAUUCCGGGAUAGGUUAGGAAUUCUGAAUGGAUUCAUUAUGAGUUUCAGCUCAAAGGCAACAACCGAUUCCGACUCAACCGUUUGUUGCAUUUGAGCGAGAAUCCAUAAGGGAUUCCAAACCUGUUCCGGAGUAGGUUUGCUUGGAAUGAAAUGAAAUUUUAUUACAUGCAGCGCAUACGAUUCCAAUCACCGUCCCUUUAUGUAGUACCUUUGGCCGUGCGCGUGGUUUAUUCCAGAUAUGCGCUAUAAUGUAGUGCUUCAGAGUCUCGGCUUUUCCAAAAAGAUUGCAGAAGGCGCACGAAUACGCUGUGUCUUCCUGUUGGACCAGAGAUGGUGAAGUACAGGAAAGUGCCCUCUCGAACGGGUAUUAUUUAUCUCUGGUGCGGUGACGUAUUUUCAGUUCUGCGAUAGUCGUUUUUAAGCCACACAGGGUGUUUUGUUUGAGUCCUGGAAUAGAGGAAGGCACCAUAAAACGCACUGUGUGCAUUCGACUUAAUUUAUUCACUAACCUUUGUGCGACAUCAUGAUUAUUUUCAAGCUGCACUUUCGCCCUUCGAGUCCGGAAAAUCUGAGCACUAUAAGAAUUUACCGAAAUCUGAAUUCCCUGAUUUAAAAAUAGCGAAUUUCUCCAGCAUUGACGCACGUGGAAAAAGUUUUCUUCUUCGUAGCAACUUUUAUUUUUUAUUUGUUUCAAUUCAACAAGGACUGUUGAUGUAAUGUAUUCAGUCCUUUUGAAUCAAUUAGCUGCAUGCUUUUGUUUGAAUCACUGAUUUGUUUGGAACAAACAAUAAUUUGGCGAUCUUCGAUAAGCACAGAUAACAAAACUUGUAAGAUUGAUUCAAAAGAUAUUUUGGUUGAUCUAACCAAAAAAUUAAGUUUGGUUUAAUAAAUUCCUUGGCUCACAAUAAAGAAUUUUUAUCGAUUAAAAAUGAAGAAAUAAUUUAUAGAAUCAAACAUGCACAAUUCUUUUGCGUGAUGACAGUAGCGCACCUGGUUUGAAUAUUCCAACUACCUUCGAAACCGUUAGAGAUUUUACACAAGUUGAAUGCUGAAGAUGGACGUCUGUUCUCUGUGGUAGUGCACUGAAACUGCACCGUUUUUGCACUUUCUAGCAGAAGUGCAGAAAACUGGAUAUGUUCCAUUGACACUUCUGCUAGAAAGUGCAAAACCAGUGCACUCCACUACACCGGUGUCAAUCAAUCGAAAAUCCCAAUUGAAAUACAUUGUAGCACAGAGAAUAGACGUCCAUCUUCAGCAUUCAACUCUAAAAUCUCUAACGGUUUCGAAAGUAGUUGGGAUAUUCAAACCAGGUGCGCUACUGUCGUCAUGUUUUUUUUGUGGCUGAGUUCGACAGAAUUGACAGCCGUUAUUCCUCUACCCAGUCAAACUAGUCCGGAACCGGUGCGGACUUCCAGCAUGAAUUCCAGCUCAAAUGCAUCAACUGAUAGAGUCGGAAUCGGUUGUUUUCUUUGAGCAAGAUUCCAUACUGAAUCCACAGAGAACAGACAUCCAUGAUCGACCAAAAAUAUUAAAAAAAACGUUUGUAAACAUUUAAAUUUAUAUACGAAAAACACUAGCGCCGCCACAUCAACCUAUCCCAACUAUCCGUCAAAUCGAUUCCGGAACCGGUUCGAAAUCCUGGAUGGAUUCAGCAUGGAAUCCAGCUCAUUGAUUCCGACUCUAUCGGUUGACGCAUUUUAACUGGAAUUCAUGCUGGAAGUCUGAAUCGGUUCCGGACUAGUUAGACUGGGUAGAGGAAUAACCGCUGUCAAUUCUGUCGCACUCAGCCACAAAAAAAACAUGACGACAGUAGCGCACCUGGUUUAGAUAUCCAAACUACCUUCGAAACCGUUAGAGAUUUUACACAAGUUGAAUGCUGAAGAUGGACGUCUGUUCUCUGUGCUGCUAUUGUUCCUAUCUGACAAGCGGUAAUAGGAUUGACGCACCAUUCUCACACAAACCAUCAGGCAGUGCCUUAACAUAUAAUGGAAAUUGCGUUAUUUCAAUGGCGGGAACUUACCAUUGGAAGAAGAUUCUCUGCCCAUUUUGAUUGCGCAAAAAUGUCUCUGUUUAUGGCUCCACUCCUUUUUGGCCCUUUAUACAGUGAUAAUGUGAAUGUCAUUUGAUAAUAUGAUUUAAUCCUUGCUGUUAAAAGCAUCUGCAGCCACCGGAGUAUUCCAUGCACUGAUGGUGGGUUCUUAUAUCAUCAUUAUCAUUACGUGGAUUACUUAGAACUUUAAAAAAAAUGGAAAAAUGAAAUUUCGGAAAAAAAUGUGGGUUAGCUCCUUUUGGACGCCAGCCAUUCAUAUACUCUAGAUUCAUUUCAUAGAGAUUUGAGCAUUAAAACAUAUUCAAAUAUUGUCGCGCUUAUAAUAAAAAUCUCACAUUGCGCGCGCUUGAAGUGUCCAUCAAAUAUACACUGAGGAAAAAGUACUUAAGAAUUUUAUAAGUUACGACUUAUGAACAUGCGCAAUUGUGAUUUCAUUAGACGCUUAUGCAUUCCAUAAGCGAAUACACGAAUUUCAUAAGUUCACAUUAUUGAAUCCAUAGACGAGUGUUAAGAUUAUUAUAAACAUUAGUAUUGUGAAAAUGUCAUAAGUUUAAACAAAACUGAUGGGAUUAGCUUCAUGUUAGGUGUGUUGCAAUUGAACUAAACUAGCUGUUUCAAACGAAUGGAAAGUUAAUCACCUAAGCAAUAUUGUAGCAUGACUGAAACUUUUACGAUGGAUGCUUAGCCGAACCAUAGUGUUUCAGAAACAAAGGGCUUCCAAGUAGGUGAACUGGAGACUUGUUUGAAAACGUAUGUAAAUUAUGCUUAAUGAUUUUAAAAAUAUAUGACCAGAAAAAAGAAAUAUAAAAGGUGUUCUUAUUUACAAACUCUUACCAUGAUGAAUAAUAUAAGUAUAAUGGCAUGGAAAUCAUAAGAGUAUCCUCAGAAUUUCAUAAGCAUGGCUUAUGAAAUUCUUAAGUGAUCCAAUGGCCAACUUCCCCUCUGAAUCAUAAGACACACUUAUGAUUUCUAUAUGGGAUCCUUGUGGCGCAAAUUCAUAAGUAGUUCUUAUGGAUUUCGAUAGUUAUUUUAUCUCGGUGUAGCCGCAGUUGCUCCGCCAGCCGAUUCCCGGUCAAACUAUUCGGAAUUUGAUUCGGAAUCCUUAAUGGAGUCAGUAUGGAUUCCAAAUCAAUUGCAACAACCGAUUCCGACUCAGAAUCGGUUGUUGCAUUUGAUUUGGAAUCCAUAAUGACUCCAUUUAGAAAUCCGAACCGGUUCCGGAAUGAGUUUAACUGGGUUUGACUGGAGCCACCCCACUGAGAAGUCCAAAAAAUUGUUUCAAAAUCGUUCAACACGGGUCCAACGAUGGAUGUUCGUUGAACGGUUAUUUGUACGAUGUCCAAAUUGGUCCAACGAACGUCCUUCAUUGGACGAUUUUGAAACCAACCGUUCUUAGAGGGACUAGACAAUGAGACAGUCGAACAUAAGCAAACUGGGUGAUGGGCUGUCUCUAUUGCAAAUGAAUGUUGAGGGUCUUCUCUUGCAUUGUUUGUUUAUUUUUCUACUUGCUAUGUGCUUUUCGAUAGCUCCAAGGAAUAAGCCUCCCAUAAAUGCAUAUAGGCGGUUGUCACGUGCUUAUCUGAUGUGACCUUUCAUAUAAUCGCACAUCGAGCGAUUAUCCUGUAAGGCACAAUAUUAUUUUUUUUAUUAACGACUAAGAAUGAGUCAAUCCUUUUUUUUAUGUUUUUAACGACAUUAAAUUAGCAAGGGACUGGAAAGUGACGAAUAUUUUUUCAAUAUUAAGAGCCAUAGUACUCAAGGAAGAGCAAGGAGUUGAAGGAAGAAAGUUUAAAAAAGCGUGGAAAGGGUCAUAUGAGCAAGCUUAGAGUUUACCGGCGACUUAACCCUUUGUCUGCUACCACAGGAGUCAGGAUCUUUUGGCAUUAGAAAUGCGAAUCACUUGAGUCUGUGGCAUGA